AUGGCUCGACCACAGUUAUAUCAUUCCGCCACUGCAAAACGGGAUGCCAACAGGGCCAAGAGCACCCGCAGCUACCAAAGCCAUAAGUCUGAAAUUCAGGCACGCCGGCAGAAAAAAAGACAAACUCAAAAUCUCUCUAUCGAAACCCUCACCACAGAUGCUUCACCCUCCUCACCAUCUGGUACCACUUCCAUUUGA